AUGCCUGAGGAGUCAAGGCAGCCAGUGAUUCUGCACAAAGAUCUGGGUAUUACAACACUGAUACUCAGAGACAUCCAUGAAAGCCUGGGUCAUGCCGGGCGCAAUCACGUUCUCGCCAAAUUGCGGUCCAAGUAUUGGAUCCCUGGCGCAAGUUCAGCUAUACGCAGACUCUUAUCCAAGUGUCAGGUCUGUAGGCGGACUCAUGGAGCCGUAGGGCAGCAACAAAUGGCCAAUCUGCCUCGAGACAGAGUCUUGCCAGACGAGCCUCCGUUCACCAACACUGGAGUGGACUACUUCGGCCCGUUCGAAGUAAAGCGUGGAAGAACUUCGGUGAAAAGAUAUGGUGUGAUUUUUACAUGCCUGGCAGUCCGUGCAAUUCACCUGGAAGUAGCAUCUUCUCUGGAUACAGACUCCUUUAUAUCCGCUCUCCGCCGUUUCAUAGCUAGACGAGGCCAGGUGAAACUCCUUCGCUCAGACAAUGGAACAAACUUUGUCGGCGCCGAGCGUGAGAUAAAGAGGGCAAUCCAGGAGUGGAACACCUCACAGAUUGAAAACGCUCUUCACCAGAGAGGCAUUCAGUGGCUAUUCAACCCGCCCACUGGCUCCCAUCAUGGAGGGGUCUGGGAGAGAAUGAUCAGAUCUGUGAGGAAGAUCUUGAACGCCACCCUGAGACAACAAAAACUAGACGAGGAAGGCUUACACACCUUGCUGUGUGAGGCAGAGGCCAUUAUUAAUAGUCGACCUAUAACAAAGGCAUCUAGUGAUCCUGACGAUCUAGAGGCCCUUACUCCAAACCAUCUCUUGCUCCUGAAGACCCGACCAUCGUUGCCUCCAGGUCUGUUCGACAGUCGAGACCUGUACUCACGCCGAAGAUGGAAACAGGUGCAGUAUAUGGCAGACAUUUUUUGGAAGCGAUGGAUCAGGGAAUAUCUACCACAGUUUCAAGAGCGUCACAAGUGGUUCCGCCCAUCUCGCAAUUUUGCAGUAGGAGAUAAUGUGUUGGUUGUAGACGAUUCAGCACCACACAACUCCUGGGUGAUGGGAAAGGUAAUCCAGACAGUUCCAGACAAGUCUGGACUGGUACGUCAGGUCCACAUAAAAACCAAGACUAACACGUUGGAUAGACCCAUCACAAAGAUUUGCCUUCUUCAGGAAGGAGAAUGUAGCAAAUGAUAACUCUUACAAUGACAAGAUGACUAAUGUCAUAAAGACUUUUAUUUGGCUCCAUUGUAUAAUUUGGUAAUUGUCUCUA